AUGGAAUCUCUAAUUCCUGUUGUAAAUAAAUUACAAGAUGUUUUCGCAACGCUAGGAAGGAAGGAAGACCAAAUUCAGCUACCUCAAAUCGUAGUAGUCGGGUCCCAGGUCCAGUUAAUACUUUCAAGGUUAUCGAAAUUGGGAUUUCAGAGUGCCGGAAAAAGUUCAGUGUUAGAAAAUCUCGUAGGGAGAGACUUCCUGCCACGAGGCACUGGAAUAGUCACUCGCCGGCCUUUGAUUUUGCAAUUGAAUCAUGUAGCUCUCGACGACACAAUAAAAAGAAGACGAUCUGAUGGUUUGAACUUUUCGAAUUUCUCCAAUAAUCCAUGUACUUUGAGGUUCACUGUUAAAAGAUGAUUGGGCCAUGUUUGAGCACACUGGCAACAAAGUUUUCACCAAUUUUGAUCAAGUUCGCAAAGAAAUCGAAGACGAAACUGAUCGUGUCACUGGUGUAAAUAAGGUUUUAAUUGUUUGAGACUAUUACAUCAGUUUUACGAGCAGGGAAUUUCAAACAACCCCAUUAGCUUGAAAAUUUAUUCCCAUCAUGUUGUACCGCUAUCUUUGGUGGAUUUGCCAGGCAUCACGAAAAUUCCGGUAGGCGAUCAGCCAGCAAACAUAGAGGUAAAUACUCAACCCAGCUUUUUGAAAAGUCGUGUUAUAGGAACAAAUUCGUAAUAUGAUUGUAUCUUAUAUCUCCAAUCCUUCCUCUAUUAUUCUGGCUGUAACUCCAGCCAAUCAAGACUUUGCCACUUCGGAGCCUAUCAAACUAGCGAGAGAAGUCGACGCUGGAGGUUUUUGCAGUUUUGAUUAUUUCAAAGUUUUUCAAAGCCUUUUUCCAAAGUCAUUCAGAAAAAGCUUCAUAAUUUAAACAAAAAAAAAAGUUUUUCAAUACUUAUGGCUCACAGUUUCGGCUUCCAGGACAACGAACGCUAGCAGUUUUGACGAAAAUAGAUCUGAUGGACCAGGGAACAGAUGCGAUGGAUGUGCUGAUGGGAAAAGUAAUCCCUGUGAAGCUCGGCAUCAUCGGCGUCGUCAACCGUUCUCAGGUCCUAUUUCUUCAAUUUCUCACCAGAUGUCUCAUUUUCAGCAAGCUAUCAUCGACAACAAGCCAAUCACCGAUGCGGUCAAAGAUGAGCAACACUUUUUCCAGAAGAAGUAUCCCACUUUAGCCAGUCGCAAUGGAACACAUUAUCUUGCCAAACGCUUGAACAUGGUCUGUUUCGUUACUUUUAAACACCAUUGUCUAUGUUUCUACUUUUAUAGCUUCUGAUGCACCAUAUUCGCAACUGUCUGCCGGCCUUGAAAGCGCGAGUUUCCAUGAUGAAUUCGCAAUGCCAGGCAGAUCUCGUGGCUUUCGGCGAGCCAGUGGUUACUAUUAGAAAAAAGAUUUUUUCUGUGAUUUAAUAUGCUCUUCAGGAAGACAAGAACAGAACUUUGCUACAAAUAAUCACUCGCUUCGCGACCGCCUACACCUCUACGAUAGAAGGCACCUCUAGGAAUAUAGAAACAACAGAACUGUAUGUUGAAGAUCAAAAAGUUCGAUAAAUUAAUUCUUCAGAUGCGGCGGCGCACGAAUAUGCUAUAUCUUCCACGAGACUUUUGGCCGUUCUUUGGAGGGAGUGAAUCCCCUCGAAAACCUUUCCCAACUCGACAUCCUAACUGCGAUCAGAAACGCGACUGUCCGUUUUUUUUAUUGUGAUAAGUUUUGAAUGAGCUAAAAGUUUUAUUUUUGCAUGUUUAGAGUUGAAUCUUGCCCGUCAGUAUUGAAAAUGAGGAGCUAAGGUCUUCUUUUUUUUCAGGAGAACAUUUUCUUAUCUUAUUUGAGUCAUUCUAAAAUUUCAAAUUGGAUAUACGAUCUUUUUUCCGUAUUGACUUUGAAGACUAAGUUAUCGGCGCGAUUCAAUAUUGGCGGUUCAGAGACCAUCGUUGCAUUACUUUUGAUUUCACAUCAAGUUCGAAUGAAUGUAUCAGAAAUAUUUUUUUAAACACUUUAAAGGUGGUCUGAAAAAUUUGAAGGACAAACAAAAAGGAAUAUUUUUUUGAAAAAUGGUAAAAGAAAGUGGAUUUAUUUUCAGGGUCCUCGUCCUGCACUGUUUGUGCCGGAGGUUUCAUUCGAACUGCUCGUCAAAAGGCAGAUCCAAAGAUUAGAAGAUCCUUCGCUUCGCUGCGUUGAACUGGUCCACGAGGAAAUGCAAAGGAUGGUUCAGCAUUGUGGUUUCACAACUCAGGUUCGUUUCCUUUUCCUAUUUGAAAGUUGAUUAAAGAUUUGCAGCAAGAGAUGAUACGGUUCCCGAGGCUGUAUGACAAGAUCAACGAGGUUGUCAGUGGCGUGCUCAAAGAGAGACUCAAACCUACUAACGAACUGGUCACUUUUUCUUUCAUAGACAUAUAACUCUUUGAUUUUAAUUCAUUAGCGUUUAUUUAUCGAUUGCAUAGUUUAUCAGUGAUCGUUUUUCUCAACACUUUCACUGUGUGCAGGUGGAAAACUUGGUAGCCAUCGAGUUGGCUUACAUCAACACGAAACAUCCGGAGUUCACUGAGGCCAACUUGGUGACUUUGUUGAAAGAAGAGCUGAAUCUAGAGGACCGAAACGCGCGCCAACGACAAAGAGCCAUUUCGAGCGGCGAAAGAGCCGCCAGCGUCACUACCGACUCGGUUCGUUUUUCGAGAUUUUCGAAAGGAAAAAUUCAAUUUUUUUAUUCAAUUUUUCUCAGAAUGGAGCAACAGCAAACUCUGUUGAUAAUACACAGACGCUGAAGAACGGAAACGGCGGAGCCAGUGUUGGAGGGAUUUUCGGUAUUUUCGGAGCGGCCAAGUCUCCCCCAGAAGAGUCACGUGGGUGUCUAUUUCUCACUCUUUUUUUUUGUACAACGAAGUUUUUUUCGCUUUGAAUUAUUCUCCUAUGGCGGUAGCAAGUAUAAACAAAACUAAACUUUCAAAAAACUAACGAAAAUCGGAACAUAAACAAUUUGGGUUCAAGAGUUUUGGCGCUUCUUUCACAAGCUUCUCUUCCAACUCUUCAAGGGUUAAUCACGCACUCUAGCUUCAUACAAGAGAAAUGUGACUUUUUGCAGCCAAAAAAGCCGCCAACUUCUUGCCAGAAGUGCCCGAAACGAACAUUGGCCGCAAACUGACGCCGAGAGAACAGCGCGACUGUGCCAUCAUCGGUUUCUUUUUCUUCUCCUUUCGUUUGUUUUCUAAUUAUCAAACAUUUUCAGAGAGACUCAUUCGCAAUUAUUUCCUGAUAGUCCGAAAAAAUAUCCAGGACAGUGUUCCAAAGGCAGUCAUGGCCUUACUUGUCAAUUACGUUCGCGUAUGUCUUUUUUGAAUUAUCGAAACGAAGAAAUUUUAAAGUGAUAAAUUGGUUCUGUUAGAGGUCUUUUCGGCCAUUGAACUGUAUUAAUAUUCGUAUUGAAUGAAUGAUGAUGAUGAUGAUGAUGAUUCUUUCAGAGUUGCGACCCAUAAAUUAUUGGAAUAUAUUUUUCUUGUUUUUCAGGACAACUUACAAUCGGAAUUGGUUCGACAGUUGUACAAGCCGGAGCUGCUCGAUGACCUUCUGGCCGAGACCGAAGACAUGGCGCAGAGAAGACGAGAAACCUUGGAAACUAUGAAGGUUCCCUUCGAAAUCUCCUUCCAAUCAUCCUCUGCCAUUUUCAGGCGCUCAACCAAGCAAGUCUUAUCAUCAGCGAAGUUCGGGAAACUCAAGUCUGGUGAUCGUCUCAGUUCGACUUUGUUCACCUUGUUCAUAAAUACACUUCCCUAGAGCUUCGGCCAUUUCGACGCUUCAUUCCUUUAGUUUUAAGCAUUUAAUUAUUCUACCCAUGAUGGAUUGAAUUUCGAGUCCCCUCCUUUGAAUGUGUCCAUGCGCUGUUUAUAUUUAUUGCUCGUGAGAAUUUUUCGUAUGCGGUGCUCAUUUUAAGCUAGUCUGAUUUUUUUUUCUACAGUGUUUUUAUACGAUUGAAUAAAAAAUAGUUUUUUGAUCUAAUUUAUUUCAAAAGAAAAGUCUGAAGCAACAUGCGUACUGUGUGCAACUGUUUUUGAUAAUUGUGUUUUAAAAAACAUGUAGGCUGUAAGGACCAUGGAUAGACAAUCAAAAAGCUUUUCUCUUACUGUUCCGCUUUUCUUUGGACUUUUCGAAAAAAAAAACUUGUUUACAGGCGAGUCGGGCCGAAAAUUCUUUAAUUUCCAUCGGGCAUAGCAAAAUUAGCUCUAAGUUGUUUAGAAAGCUUUUUGAGAAGACAUUUAGAGAGAGAAAAAACUUGACAAUCAGUUGUUUUUUUCAGACAAUGUCUUCGGGUGAAGAAGAAGAAGAUGAAUACUACGUAGAAGAAAUCAUCAAACUAGAAGAGUUUGUUUUUAAAUUUUUUUAAAAGCCUAAAACAAUUUCUAUAGAGUGCAGCUCUCAAAUCUCAAUACAAACUUAGCAAAAUUAAAUGAAAUUUUGUCGCCUGGCUCAGCUGCAGCUGUCUAGAACGUAACUAAAAUGAGACUACGUGAGACUAACUGGUAAAAUGAGACCAUAUUAGUUUUUUUGGAGAAAAAAAGAACUGAUUUUCAUGUCUGACAUUUUUCCUUUUUAACUCUCGGAAAGAAGAAAACUACAGUUUUUUUGAUAAAACCAGGUGCAGAAAUGAAAAAGUUUGAGCUCAUGAUUAUUUUAUUAUUUUUAUUCCCGCAUGAACCUCAUUUUUCUAUAGUUUACCUCAUGAAACUUUUUCAGAUAUGAUAAAUUGGUGGAGGACUACCGACACAACAGAAACACGUACACCUUCGCUCCACCUUGUUUGGACACGCCUGUCCAUUCCAAAUACUGCUUCCUGGUAUGAGGGUCGAAAAAGGAAACAGUUUAUCCAUUUGAGUUAAAGGUCAAGUGGAGAGGAUACCAUAUAAACGAUUCGACAUGGGAACCUGAGAGCAAUUUAUUGGACAAUGAGGUCUUCGAAAAGUUCAAAAGACUGAGAAAAAUGAAUAAAGAGCACGAAAAGUUCGAGAAGGAGUAUGACAGAGGUGGGAUCUCUUCCUAAAAAAAGUUAAUUUUUAUAAUUUAUUUGUUUCAGAAAAGUUGGAAAGAGACCGUCUUUUGAACGCUCGCAAGAAAGAACUUCGGGAAGCUACUCAGAAAAAUAAAGUUUCGAAAGCAGAUGAGGUUUUUAUCUGAAGAUAAUUGUUUUUGUUUACAUAUUAUUUCAAAGAUACAAUUUUUUUUUUCCUUGCUCAACAUCUCAACCGCAUGAUUUAACGUUUUACACUGAUUUCUCAAGAAAUCGAGGUUGGUGCCAGAAUGGCAGGCACUGGUUCUGUAUUUACUACAAGCUUGCAAUGCUUUUCCAAGAACGGAUCUAGUUGCAUAGAUGCAGUUUAUUCAUCACUGUCUUGGCGGAUCUUCUAAGGAGUUUCGCGUUAAGGAGAGCUUUGUGCCAAAAUAACUAUGUUUACAUGUCUUCUAUCAUUUUCUUACAAUGGGCAGUGGUUCACCUAUGACAAUUUGAGUCGAAAAGAAGCUUCACCGUUUUGCCGGCAUCGAAAAAGAAGGAAAAGAAGUCGACAACGCUUGAAGUGACGAUUCCGGUCGUGCAAACGCAGUCUUCGAAAGACAGAGUUGUCGUCUGGACUUCUCCAGAUGCAUCCGAGACGAGAAAGAAUGAAAAGUCCAAAAAAGUGAGAGACUUCUUACUUUUUUGACAUUUUUAAAGUUCAGUUCGUCAUCCCUAAAAAGGCUGAGGCAAAGGAAGAAGAUCUUUCUAAGAAAAUCAGAGCAAGAACGGAUUUCCAGUCAGACAUCACUCCGAAGGUCAAAAAGAAAACAGAGGUAUAUUGCGGCUCUUGAUAAACGGAGUUGGGAAGUUUAGUCUCAGACUCUUGCGCCGUCUCAACCCGAGCAUGAGCCUAUAAAGGUCACUAUAAAAGUGGUAUGGACGGGCGAUUUCGAGCGGAUUGGAAUUCCAUUUUGCAGAAUGUACCAAGCACUCAUCGCUCUCCAGUCAGUGUUAUUCUCGAGGAAAACAGAAAACUUCCAGCUGAUGAGGCUCCUAAGGCAAACAAGACAGCAGUUUCCGACUAAUGUUGGGAAAAUAUUUCAGACAUUUGACGUAGAAGGAAUCGUCUUCUUGGCAGAGAAAAGGGGCAAGUACAAAAUCUACAAGGAUCUUUUAUUGCGCCGUCGGUUCGUUAAUUUGAUUUGAGUUUCGAUGCCAGAACUGCACGCAGAAAUUGUCUCCGAAUUUAUUUUUUUCAAGGUGUUCAUCCGCGGAACAACUCGACUUGCGGUGGCGGAAGAAUGCUGAAAAACACAUGUUUGAUGUUAUCUUAGGAAGAUCUUCGACUUACCAAAAGUACGAAAAAAUAAGUUAACUCAUAAGAGGUUUCAUUUCAUUUCAGCGCUUUACAUCAAGAUCUGGAGAGAAUGAAAAUACGUUGGAGGAGCCGGACGACGGGGUCAUUCCCUGUAGUUCUCAAGCCUUCGAAGGUUUCGAAGUUUCAUUAAAAACUAAAGAAUCUUCAGGGACAUCAGUACAAAGUUUCUUGUGCGGAACCUUUGCGUAGGCUGAUUCCUGACGCCGAAAUAAAGAGGGUUUGUUUUUUUUUUGUUCUCUCUCAUGUUGAAUAAUUGUUUUCAGCUGAGAAAAAGAAGUCCGUCACGACCGUCGAGGACUCCGAGUUCGAAUUCUGAGAGACAAAUUUCCGAUCCGUUCCUUUCGAAUCUUCUCGAAAUGAAUGAGAAGUCUUUUUUGAUGGAAUUUCCAAACAAGGCAUGUUUUUCUUUUUUCUUCUCUUUGAGUAAGUUUAAAUUGGGAUUAAGUUACAAAAGUGAAGAGAAAUUUUAAAGUUUCCGAAAAUCUCAAGUUUUAAAAACUGUUUAUGUUUAUUGCAUCUUCAAUGUAAGAGUACAUGUGCAAUCGACUUUCAUUGAUUCGACUGUGUUUAAACGGCGGCAGGAGCUGAGGCUUAGGCAGAGAAGUUGUGAAUUUCGCUCGUAGGACAUCAGGUACAAGAGAGGUCUCAAGUAAGAAGAAAAUCUCAAGUACUCUUUUUUAUUAAUUUAGUAGCGACCUGCUCAAGCUUUCAUUUCAAGUUAUUUGAGCUUCAGAAAAACUUAUUUAACAUAGAGUAAGGCCUGAAACUAUUCUUAAUUAAGCAAUCCGGAAAGUUCUUACUUCAAAAACUGGAGGAUAAAUCUAGACAUUCAAAGAUUUUUCGGGCAAAUGUACAUUUUUUUCAAACUUCAUAGGAGAAUGACCCUUUCUUGUUCACAGAAGUUUUAGGUCAAAGUUCAAUUUGAAAUAUUUGCAUGUAUGGCUAAUACUUUGAAGUUUGAAGUUUUUCUUUUUUUUUUCAAUUUGAACGAAUCCAGAAUCCGGAGUUACUCCCCUUGCUCCGCAAACUUGUCGAGUUUUACACAAAAGCCGUGAUUUAUCCCGUUCAAAAGAGCUUGGAACUGAUAACAACGGAAAGUGGUUUGCGAGAUUCUGUGAUCAAGGUGGGAAGACUUUUCAAAAAGCGAUAAAUAUAUUUAUUUUUUUCAGACUUUGAUGACAAAGGUGCAGAUUGCGGGUUCGGUCCAAGCUGAGAAGCGAUGGAUCUUCAGAAAAGAGAAGCGAGCGUGAUUUUUUUUUGAUUCAUUGUUUCCAAGGAAUAUAGGUGACGAAGUUUUUCAUCAGUAAUGUCCGUAUAAGUCAUUAUGAAAAAUGAAUUUUUGUUAAAGUUUCGGAAAAAAUGUCUUGUUUCGAAACCGAUUCAUCUCGAUACUAGCUUUUUUCGAAGGGAUUCACCCGUAUCGAUAGUUAUAAGUCUUCCGGGACAACUUGAUCAACGUGUUUCAGGGACCUGAGACAACGUCUAGUGGAGAGCGACCAAGAUUUAGACCUCAAGACGAGGUCGUCUCCUGUUGCGUGCUCUAAGAAUCACUGGAAAUGCGGGUAAUCUUUCUCAAAUUUAAGAAAUACUGAAUUUCCCGUUCAGCCUUCUGUCCGUCGUUAUCGAGAUGAGCUCAUCUCAGAAUAUUUUCACGGACUUUGGUACCCUUGGAAGUGAUUUAUUCCUUCACUGCAUGCAGUUUGGAGCCGAUUGCCAGAAAAUGGAGUUCAUAAAGGCUGGUGAGGCGAAAAUCGACUGAUCACUAUUUUUCUGUGAUUUUGAGAUGUGCCAUUGGCCAUGAAAAACGUCAACUUUCUGGGUUUCGAUGUCGACCACGUGCAUCUCGCGGCCAGCCAGACAAGUUCUUUUCUGCGGGUUCGCAUCUUUUUAUCACACAAACUGAAAAGAAAAAGAUAACUUGUGAGUAUUGAAUUGAAACCCUCAAAACAUCACAUCAAGUUCUUAUCUGCGAGCUAUUUGAGGGGAGAGUUUGCAGUUCUUCUCGUUUGUUCGCUUGGGCUUCGACCCAAACUCCUAUUGCAUUUGGAAGCAGCAAAAGAUGAUACCUCUCUCUGCACUUCUUCAAGAGGUUCCAACUUUCCCUGUUUUUAGAGAUCUUCACAAGUUUUUCACAUCCAGGAGCUAGUUGUAAAAGCGAACGCGUCUUCGAAAGUGGCUAAGAAAUACAACGAGACGUUGAGUGCAUCUCUGACGCGUUUCUCGAGGAAAAUGGACGCGGCGGUCCUUCAGCAGCUGAUGCAGGACGUCUGUCUGCCCACCAACAUGUUGUUCACGUUUUCAAGUCUCCUUUCAUCUACCAAACUGAGAAACUUGUCAGUAUUCAGACUUUGUCACGUUGCCUCACAUCAUUCGUAUCUCCAAGAACGCCCCUUUGGACGAGGUUUGAAAAUUUUUUCAAACUGAAAAAUUCCAAUCAGUUCAGAGAAAAAACUUGCAAAACUUGGCAUCAGAUGAAUUAAAGACAUUUUAAAAUAAUGAUCCAGAAGUUAAUUGUAUUUAAAAAAGCUUCAAAUCUGUCCUUUCCUUUUUCUCUACAUUUAUCUUCAUUACGAAGGUUUUUUAGAGUCCCCGCUCACUGAAAUUUCGAUAAUUUUUAUAAAAUUAGAUUUCUUCUUGAAGUUCAUUGUGUAAAAAAAUUUUUUUCAGUAUUGAAGACUGAGUUAUCUGGAAGUUUUUUUGAAAAUAGAGUGCAGCUAGAUUUGAAAAAUGCUUUGAUGAACUUUUUGAAAGCCUUUUUGAUUGUUUGAAAUUUUUUUCAUGACGUCAUCGUCAUGUUUUAUAAAAAAAUCUAGUUUUUUUUUCAACCAAAAGGGAGAAUUGCCAAACAUGACGUAUUUGCUGUUUUUAAUAAGUUUUCGCUAGAUCCUACUAGAAUUUUUUGUUAGCUCACUCGUGAAUUACCGUAGAAGGAAACGUUGCAGACUCGAGUUGUGACAUGUUUAUUCUGGCGUCAAGGAUUCCGGGCGUGGCGAUCUUCUCAAAUCACCCCAGAAGCGAGGGCGGUCGUCGACUCCUUGAAGGGAGCCAAAGGGAAAAAGAACAAAUUCGUGCGUUUCUAGGAACAUUUUUCAAGAACCUUGAUGUGCCCGUGAGUCGAAACGGGCCGUAAAACCUUCGCUGAAAAUUUUCCGCACCCAUUUCUUGUUUUGAACAUUUCCUUUUUAGGUGGUGUGUCUUUUUCGGAUCCAGAUGAACUGUUUCGACUCGGAAACUUUUGGGUUUGGGCUUCCAAGAAUCGAGUUUGACAAUUCAGAUGACGGCUUCCUUAUCGAGAGUCUCCGGUUAGAGCAACUUUUUUCUCUCUGACUCGUGGAAUAUUUUUUUUAGAAUUUCUCGGAUGGAGCCUGAACUCUCUCAAGCUUCCAUUGAAGCUACCGAGCUCAAGGAGUUGGCCAGGCCAGGACGUCACUACUUUUUCGUCAGAACUUCUGAUAUUUGUCAGUUUUUUUCUUCUUUUCAUUUUUCAUUUCCGCGUUUUCUUUCAUUUUGACCUUCAUCGAAAGAUAUCAUAAUGACAGAUAUCGGUUAAAACGCGUCAAUUUCCAUUCUUUUUUAUUUGAAAAAAAAAAGCGAAAUCGGAAAGCAGAAUAGCUAUUUAGAAAAAAAAAACGCGAACUGGAAAACGCGCUCAUGUCCUGGACACCGAAUUUUCGCAAUUUUUCGAGAUCCACUUCCUUUAUAUCUUCAUUUGCAUAAGUUGAUUGCCAAGCUAUCAAAAGCGCACAUCAAGUAUUCAUCGCGAAAAAAAACCUACCUUUUUGAGCAAUUUUACAAAGGGUCCGUUUUUUUUUCCUUUGAGAUUUCACCGGUUUUUUAAAAUUCUUUUUUCAAGUCCAAAUAAUUCUUUUUUCGAGUCCAGAGUGCUUUUUUUCUUUGUGAUUUUCGAUUCCUAAUUAUUUCAAUAGUUUUUCCAGCUGCCUUCGAACCUGGAGCUGCUCACAUUGUCGUUAAAGCCAAAGUGAAAGAGCCGGUACUGCUUCUCGGGCAGAUUUUGUGUCUGAACUUUGAGGUAGAUUUCUUUCAUUUGGAACCAGAUGUCUCCUUUUUCAGGACAAAAGUACCUGA